AUGGAACUUAUUCCAGACGGGUAUGGGAAAGAAAUUGCUGAAAUUUUCACUAUAGUAUAUGAAACGAAUUAUUCUCACAAAAUUGAUUAUGAUUUGGUCCAAAUAAAAUUUUCUGCGGUUGUCGAUUUUCAGAUUUUAACUGGAGCUAUGAAUUUGACUACUAAAUCUGCAACUGUGGCAUUUCCCAAAAAAAUAUCUACUGAAGUUUGCGCAAGGCUUUCCAUGCCUGUGAAAGAGAGUUCUUGUCUUAAAAAUAUUGGAACAAAGGCAGAUGAAAAACAAAUUGAUGGGCUCACUGUAUCAACUGAUAAUUCUUUGCCAAAAACCAUUGUUGGAAAAACGGCUCGAAAAACCGUAGUUCAAAAGGUUCUUAAUAGUCAUUCUAAUACGACAGACUUUCCUGGACUUAACUUUUCUAGAAAAAGGAAACGCAGAUCUUUUGAUAAAUCUAUCAGAAAAUCUCCUCGACUUAUCGUUAGCAAGGAAAAUUUGGGAAAAAUCAAAAUGAAAGAUCAAAAAAUUGAUAUAAACAGCGAACUGAUAAAAGAACAAAAGCUUAAGAAAAUCCUGAAACAUAAUGUUUCUGAAGAAUCUUCUACAGCGGUUGAAACGGUUGCAUCUAUCACGGAAAAGUCAUUUGGUGAAGACGAUAUAUCGAAUAUAUCAGGUAGUAAUAAUAUAUUUUUUAUUAACCUAAUAUAA